GCUGCCGCGCAGGCGCAGUCCCCCUUUCCCCUCCCCUCGGCCGACGUGCGCGCUCCCUGGCUGCGUCGCGCGGAGCUGCUUCCCCUCAGCGAGCGGAGGAGGCAGCCGCGGAGCGGAGCGGAGGCAAAGCCGGGCCAGGCCGGGCUGGCGGCGGGCGGGCCUCGCUCCCCCCCUCCUUCCCUCCCCCCAUGGAGCUGGAGGCGCCGGACGAGGCGGGCAGCGACGGGGCCGAGGCCGGGGCGGGCGCAGGAGCCCCAGAGGCGGCAUGGGGGGCGCCUGACCCCGCGGCAGGAGAAGGACUAGCAGUGAAGAAGGCCGUUCUGAUGGAGGUGCCAUCAGUGACCGGGCAGCCGGGGGCCGGCCAAGGGAAGAAGCUUGGCCACCGAGGAGUGGAUGCCUCAGGGGAGACGACGUACAAGAAGACGACAUCGACCACCCUCAAGGGAGCCAUCCAGCUGGGCAUCGGCUACACAGUGGGGAACCUGAGCUCCAAGCCCGAGAGGGAUGUCCUGAUGCAGGAUUUCUACGUGGUGGAGAGCAUUUUCUUUCCCAGCGAAGGCAGCAACCUCACCCCUGCACACCAUUACCCAGACUUCAGAUUCAAAACGUAUGCGCCCGUCGCUUUCCGCUACUUCCGAGAACUUUUCGGCAUCCGCCCGGAUGAUUAUUUGUAUUCCUUGUGUAACGAGCCCCUCAUUGAGCUGUCCAACCCAGGGGCCAGCGGCUCCCUCUUCUACGUCACCAGCGACGACGAGUUCAUCAUCAAGACGGUGAUGCACAAGGAGGCGGAGUUCCUGCAGAAGCUGCUUCCGGGCUACUACAUGAACUUGAACCAGAAUCCCCGGACGCUGCUGCCCAAGUUCUAUGGCCUCUACUGCGUCCAGUCCGGGGGCAAGAACAUCCGGGUGGUGGUGAUGAACAACAUCCUGCCCCGGGUGGUGAAGAUGCACCUGAAGUAUGACCUGAAGGGCUCCACCUACAAGCGGCGGGCCUCCAAGAAGGAGAAGGAGAAGUCCAGCCCCACCUACAAGGACCUGGACUUCAUGCAAGACAUGCCCGAGGGCAUCCUGCUGGACACGGACACCUUCAGCGCCCUGGUGAAGACCCUGCAGAGGGACUGCCUGGUGCUCGAAAGCUUCAAGAUCAUGGACUACAGCCUGCUGCUGGGGGUGCAUAAUAUUGACCAGCUGGAGCGGGAGCAGCAGACCGGGGGAGCCCAGAGCGCGUCCGACGAGAAGCGCCCCGUGGGCCAGAAGGCCCUGUACUCCACCGCCAUGGAGUCGAUCCAGGGCGGGGCUGCCCGCGGGGAGUCCAUCGACACGGAUGACACGAUGGGUGGCAUUCCAGCCAUAAACGGCAAAGGAGAGCACCUUCUGCUGCACGUGGGCAUCAUCGACAUCCUCCAGUCCUACAGAUUCAUCAAGAAGCUGGAACAUACGUGGAAAGCCCUGGUCCACGACGGGGAUACGGUCUCUGUGCACAGGCCCAGCUUCUACGCGGAACGCUUCUUCAAGUUCAUGACCAACACCGUCUUCCGGAAGAGCUCCUCUCUGAAAUCCUCUCCCUCCAAGAAAGGGCGGGGGCCCUUGCUAGCCGCCAAGCUGCCCGGCCCGAUGGCCGCCUUCUCCGCCAGCCAGAUCCCCUCGGAGAAGGACGAGGCUCCAUAUGACCUCCGGGGGGCCAGGAGUUACCCCACGCUGGACGACGAAGGUGCUAAAGUUAACCACGACAGGGGGGAAGGCCGGCCGGACCUGCUUCCGUGCACCCCUCCGUCUUUCGAAGAAGCAACCACCGCCUCCAUCGCUACGACGCUUUCCUCCACGUCUCUCUCCGUCCCCGAGAGGUCCCCUUCCGAGUCCUCGGAGCAGCCCAGAUACAGGCGGCGUACGCAUUCCUCAGGGCAGGACGGAAGGUCUCGCGAGCAGGUCCGAGUGGAAGACGACCUCCAGCAGAUCACGGUGGAGCUGAAGCCCAAGUGUGACGUCGAGAUUGUGGUCCCUGACGUGGCUGAUGCAGGGUUAGGGCCUGUGGCUGUUGCAGGGGAGGCCGCCCCAGUGGCUUGUGCCCGGGUGCUGUCCGCAGCCGCCGCCGCCGAGGUGGAGACAGCCAGCCAGGCCUCUGAGCCAGCCAGCCAGCCCUCGGACGAGGAGGAUCUGCCCGUCCCGGAUAUCUAUUUCUUCACGGAUGGAAGGUACUGGAUUUACUCUCCCCGCCUGCGCAGGCUCCGGGCCGCCUCCGUGACCUCCGGGGACGAAACCAACUUGCUAGCGAGCGGAGAAGGCAGCACCACGCACCCGACAGACGAGAGGAGUUGGGUGUACUCCCCUCUCCACUAUAACACUCAGAUCCAUUCAGUCUCCGAUGAGGAGAGUGAUACAUAACUUCUAUGCAAGCCCCUGGGAGACUCAGCGCUCCCGCCGCUGGCGGCUGACACGUUCCUUUUGGCCAGUCCUGCAGCCAGGCUGACGGAGUGGCGGAGAAAUCGCUGCUGCGGCCUCCCAGGCCCCCCUCCGUUGGCCAGAGAACGGAAGCAAAACUUCCCCUCCCCUCAUCUCAUUGCCUCCCUCCGUUCUCCAAAAGAAUGAAGACAAAACUGGUGUAUUUCCACCCAACCGAGUCGUGGUCCACAAGCCGCUCCCUGCCCCGGGGGCAUCCAAAGCCAGGAGGGGCCCUGAAUUCCGGGUAGUGACCAAUUUCUCUCUGUUUUUCUCUCAUCUUUCUCCCCCGCCCCCUCUCCAAAGUGCACUACUGUAGGCUACCUAUCUGUAUGUGAUACUGUGAACUUCCUUCAUGUUGUUGUUUUUUUAAAUCAUGUAUUUAUUUCGUUUAUUUUUGCACAGACCAAGCACACUCGUGCUUUGAAAGAAACAUUUCGUUUACUGCACUUUUGGGUUAGGGUGGCUGGCUCGUUGUAUCCCCGCGUUUGGGCAAAUGUCGGUUGGCUUUGCGUUGUGUGGGGCAGUGCGGCAGGCAUCCCCCGGAGUGGGAGGCCAGGAGCAUCGGCAGCAACUGAGAAGCGAGGGCAGUACGCUUCGGAUGCUGAUUCGGCCCGCUUCGGAUGCUGGUUCAAGAACUGGCCGACUGUUCAGGGCACCUCUACCCACACCGGGCGAAGCCUGGGGCGAGCCACUUUGCUGCCACAUCCCUUGGUUUGCCAUCGUGGGAGAGGGGACCACCAACAUCUGGACUGAAAGGCGCUGUCUAUCUUCCUGGUGAGUCUUUGGACAUUCUCCCCCAAGCAAGCAGGCCCUUGACCCGAGUUCAUUGAACAAAACACUGAUGCCCCUGGCUGGGGAAAUGUGGGGAUUUCUGCUGGUGUGAUAACGUCACGGCAUCCUGGGACGAGAGGCCCUUUUGCCCCCAGGCAAGUCUCUCGGCAGUCUCUCGUCAUGGCUGGAAGCAGCUCAACUUCACCAAAACCUCCAAAUGGACGUUUCCAGAGUGUUGCUUGUCGUGGAGUCAGGCCAUGCGGCUGAGGCAGCAGUCCCAGGGAGCACCGCUUGACUGGCCCCCAGUUUCCUCUUGGUCAGUGUUUCUGCGCAUCACUCUUGAGCUGUAGAACGGGAGGCGCAAGAGGAAUUGUGCGGCCCCCGGGUCCUGAGGCGGACAGCUGCUUUGCGAGAGGCGGGAGUGACCCAUUGGGGGCCCCUGGCAGCUUUUUGGAAACCCUGGACUUUGACCCAGCUGUCUCGGGGCAGCCUGGGGCAAGACAGUGAAUACAGAGGCUUUCUGUCCCAGUCACUAAGAGAGACUAAGAGUCCUUUUUGGUAAGAGAGAAUCGGGGGUCUCUCUCUCUCUCUCACUCACCCCUAAAAAGCUAGACAUCUCCACAGCCCUGAGGCCAUGCCUCUCAGGUGGCUAAUUUUGUGCAGCUUCCCAGCGGCUGUGGCAUUGUGUGUGCUCUCUCCUCUCUCUCCUUUGUCCAGAAUAGGAGUCGCCCUCUAAAUUGCCGUUCUCGGGGAGAACAAAGCACUCGGACCCCACUCGUCAGUGCAGCAUUCCUGACAAGACCAGAUCCUGGCGCUCCACUCCCCAAAGCUGUUCUCCAUCGUCUUUCUCGUCUUUGCCAGGACGAGAAACUGGGUUCUCGGCUUCUGGCAAUGUCCUGCCCUUCCCAAAUGGAGUCGAGGUUGGUGACCUCAAGUUUGACUCUUGUAGGGGAUUCACAUCCUGAGAGAGAGAUUUCUGAGUUUGGUGGUUGCUUACACUGUUAGACAUGCUUGCAUCUGGCGCAGCCAGAGAAAAAGCAAAGCACCUCCUUGGAACGCUGCUUCUCCUUCCCUGGUACCUCCUUUGCUAGACCAUUAGGGAAGAACUAGGGGGAAUGUUCCCUGUAUGAGGCACGAGCCUCUGCAUGUGGGGGUGGUUUUUCACUUCGGGGUUUAGUCGCCAGCGCUUGGAGCCCGCAGGCCUCUUUCUGUGACCAGCUCCUUCCCCACGAGGCCUUGUGAGGAGGCAGCGGCUUGGACACCCGCUGGAGCGAAAGGAGCAGAGUCCCCUGGAGCAGGCCGGGGGGGCAUUGGGGGGCUCUCCAGCUGUGGCUGCACUACAACUCCCAUCAUCCCCAGCUGUAAUGGAUUGUGGCUGAGGGGGAUGGGAGGCAUCUGGACAGCCCCCCUUGCUCUGAAGUCUUCUGCUCUUGGAGAGCUUGGGAAGGGAGAUGCCGGCCUCCACCAUGACGCUCCCGUGGGGCAGGGCAGGGAGGCUCCGACUCCGCCUGCCUCCCCUCUCCUCUCCAGCUUGGCAGCUUUUCCUUCAGACCCGCCACUUGAGCGCCCAGCUCUCUCAGCCCUCCUUGAGCAUCCCUUGGUCUGGCCGGUGAGCUGGGCUCCAAGAUGCUGCAGAGCCAGCGGGGCAUUGCUGGGCAGAAAGGCUGCAGGGCUGAGGGGAUGGCCCCCCUCUGCCUCAGCAGCCCUGCCCCGGCCAUGCCCCGGGCUCCGAGAGAGAAGCCUCCACUCCCCACCUGGCAGGGCUGAGAGGGACUGGGCUCCUUCCGCGGGGGCGCCUGGCUUGAAUGUGCCACGCAGCCUGCCGGUUGUCGGCAUGGUCCCGCUCCUCUCUCUUUCACCCCACCCCGCCAAGUGGCGGCACCUUGCGUGUACCCUUCCUUCGGAGGAGGCAGGCAGCAGCACAGGCAGGCUCUUCUCCCCUCACUGGUACCGGGCACAUGGCCACGAGGUGCCUCCCGCUAGAUUGAGGGAACACCCGCACUCCACCCCCAGCCCGCUGCCUCUUGGCCACACGCCGCUUGACACGGCCCAAGUCUUGCUGAGCAUCACCUGCGAUGCUCCCGGCGUGGCCUCCGCUGCCGAGACCGCCCUGAGCUGCAGGAGGGGUGGGAUGCCCGUUGUUGGAGCGCCGCAGUCCUGAGGCCCAGCGCAGGACUCCUCGCCCUCUCCUCCUCCGGCCUCUGCGGAUCUCGCCCCGUCCGAAACGCUUCCCGCCGCCCUGCAAGCUGCGGGCCCCACCCCCGGGCAUCUCCCCACUCCAUCCGAAAGGCGCUCAGGCCAACGAGACUGUGUCUGGCUCUUUUUGAAGUCUGCACCCGGCCCGAGUGUGCUUCUAUCUAUAUUUUCCGGUCGUUUUGGUUUUUUGAAGGGAUGAACAGAAGUCAGUUUGAAAAAGAAAUCUGUGUUUUGUGUUGUGUGCUUUGUACAGAGAAUGUCUAGGAUUGGGGGGUUGCGGCAAAGAGAGCGAAGGGGACUCUGUCGUGAAGAGUCACGUGUUUCUUUUGGUUCAGUCAUCAGUUGCUUUUUGAAAGACUUUGUUCUUCCCGAGAAGUGUGAAUCGGUGUGUCGUUAUCGAGCUCUGUGACUCCCAUGUUGUCUUUGAUGUCAAGCCCGAGGCGGCAAAUCUCUUUUUUUUUCUAGAAAUCAAUCUCCACACUCCGAUUCAUGCACACCCCUCCGUGAGAAUCCUCUUCUCCCCUCCUUUUUGUAAAUAACUUUGGCAGUGUCUGGCCAUUGCACCCCGGUUCUGUCUCCUCUGGCUUCUCAGUUCCUAGCCGAAAGAGCCCAGCUUUCUGCUCCCGUGCCUGGAGCCAUCUGCUCCCUUCCCCUCGGGAGUGGAACUUGCGUAGGAUCCCUUCCCCUCUCUUUCCCCAUCACCCCUCUGGCGAUUUCCCCUUGUGGCUUUCUGGACUCCUUGGAGGUAGCCACACCAUCAGUUCCACCGUUCAAGAAUGAGCAAUCCUGGCCGCCUGCGCAUCCCUUCAGCGUCCCGGCGGAGCCACCUCGGAGCAGACGAGUCAGAAACCCUGGGUGAGCGUCCCUUGUUUCAGCUGCGUUGAGUGUUCUCGCCUUCAUGCCGUUUAUUUAUUGAAACCGUUAUUUAAGAGCAAUCCAGCGUUUUUAAGUUCUCUUGCCUGAUAGUUAAAUGGACAAUCUCUUGAACUUGAGUUUUUGGGUGUCCCCCUCCCCGGCCUUCUGAAAAGGGGGGUGGGGGUGUACUUCAGAGCUGUGUGAUUUCUGUAUUGCAAUAUGGAACCAUGCAGGUUAAAAAAUGUACAUUCUCAUAUGCAACUUCCCUCUCUUUUGGCAUCCCCUCUCCUUUAUUUUUGGAAAUAUCUAAUAAAAUAGAAUGAUAAAUCA